CGUGUAUUAUGCACCGACUCGGAACGGUAGAUAGUACUCGAUCAGUACUACAGUAGUAUAUAAGUGCAGCCACCCACCGUGGUCUCUCCACAAACCAUCGAGCUAGCGAAUCAUCCAACCACAUACGAAGCUCCAUCGCAGAACCAAAUACGAGCCAGCCAACGACGCGAACUUGAUAGAUCGACCGAUCGAAGAAGCAACAAGCAAAUAUGGGUUGCGGGAUGAGCCGCCUUGCCAAGGCUACGAUCGCCCUGGUGAUCCUGGUCAUGCUUUUCAUGCCCGCCGCUAUGGCUGCCGCCAGCUUCGACGCCACCCGGAGCCAGCACCUGCCGCUGCCGCGCGGGACCGUCCGCGGGCCUGAGAGCGUCGCCUUCGACGGCCAGGGCCAGGGCCCCUACAGCGGCGUCUCUGACGGCCGCGUCCUCAAGUGGAACGGCGACAAGCUCGGCUGGACCACCUACACGCACGGCCCCGGCUACGACAGCAAGAUGUGCACGGCCACCAAGUUCCGCCCGGAGACCGCGACGGAGAGCCAAUGUGGCCGCCCGCUCGGCCUUCGGUUCGACCACAAGACGGGAGAUCUAUACAUCGCUGAUGCCUACAAGGGUCUCAUGAGGGUUGGUCCAGGCGGCGGGGAGGCCACGGUGCUGGUCAACAAUGUCGAUGGCAUACCUCUAAGCUUCACCAACGGGGUUGACGUCGACCAAACUACCGGCCAGGUCUACUUCACGGACAGCUCUAUGAACUACAACAGGGCGCAGCACGAGAUGGUGACGAGAACUGGGGACUCCACGGGGCGCCUCAUGAGGUAUGACCCGCGAACCUCAGAUGUCACGGUGCUCCAGACAGACAUGACCUACCCUAAUGGCGUCGCCGUCAGCACCGACCGUACACACCUUGUGGUUGCAUCGACCGGUCCUUGCAAGCUACUAAGGCACUGGAUCAAAGGUCCCAACACUGGAAGAUCCGAGCCUUUGCCGACCUCCCGGGGGUAUCCUGAUAAUGUGAGACCUAGCAACAAGGGAGGUUAUUGGGUGGCUUUACACCGUGAGAAAAACGAACUUCCUUUCGGCCGGGAUAGCCAUUUGCUCGCUGUGAGGGUCGGCUCCAACGGGAAGAUACUAGAAGAGAUGAGAGGUCCCAAGAGUGUGAAACCGACGGAGAUAAUGGAGAGGAACAAUGGCAAAAUCUACAUGGGUUCCGUGGAGCUGCCUUAUGUCAGUGUAGUUAAACGCAAAUAGAGAUAGUUUGAUUGAACAUAGAUUUUUGUUACUUAUAUUUUAUCCCUCCGUGUAAUUUUUCAUUUUAUUUUCUGC